CAACCAGCGGCCGAAAAACGGCCACUCGCUUCCUCCUCCGCCCUCAUCAUCCAUCCCCUUCACACUCCCUCGCCGGCGGAGACGGCGGCAAUGCGGACCAUCCACGCCACACCCGCCUCCUUCAUGGUGCCGCCCGCUCCCCAUAUCGUCUCCUCGGCUCCAACCCCAAGAGUACACACAGGUGCUCUGCCAGCGAAGGCUUCUCCUGCCGCGGCGGCGACUAUCCAGUCUCAUGCCCGGUUCCCCUUGCCGCUGCGCAUGGACCGGCGCCGGCGGUCAUCAAGAGCUGCGUCGUCUAGCGCUGAUGCAACCGUGGCAUCAGUGGAGGAUGCCAAGAGAGACGUGCUCAUAGCGCUCUCCCAGAUUAUCGAUCCUGAUUUCGGCACGGACAUCGUGUCAUGUGGGUUUAUCAAGGAUUUGGAGAUCAGCGAUGCCUUAGAGGAGGUCUCAUUUCGUGUGGAGCUGACGACUCCGGCAUGCCCAGUCAAGGACAUGUUUGAAGAAAAAGCAAAUGAGGUUGUUGUUGCACUUCCAUGGGUUAAGAAGGUCAAUGUUACAAUGUCUGCACAACCCGCGCAACCGAUAUAUGCAGGGGAACUCCCGGAAGGACUACAGAAAAUUUCGAACAUCAUAGCAGUUUCAAGCUGCAAGGGCGGAGUUGGAAAGUCUACAGUCGCUGUAAAUCUCGCUUAUACCUUAGCUGGUAUGGGAGCAAGAGUUGGAAUUUUCGAUGCUGAUGUCUUUGGUCCAAGCCUGCCAACUAUGGUUUCUCCAGAGAUCCGCCUGCUAGUGGUGAACCCAGAAAACAAAAGUAUUCUUCCGACUGAGUAUUUGGGCGUCAAAUUGGUGUCGUUUGGCUUUGCUGGACAAGGAAGAGCGAUCAUGCGAGGUCCAAUGGUUUCAGGAGUCAUUAAUCAGUUGCUUACCACGACUGACUGGGGUGAACUUGACUACCUUGUCAUUGACAUGCCUCCUGGAACAGGGGAUAUACACUUAACACUCUGUCAGGUAGCUCCGUUGACUGCAGCUGUGAUUGUUACCACCCCUCAGAAGCUGGCUUUCAUUGAUGUUGCAAAGGGUGUUAGGAUGUUUUCUAAGCUGAAGGUUCCAUGUGUUGCGGUUGUUGAGAACAUGUGUUACUUUGAUGCUGACGAAAAGCGCUAUUAUCCAUUUGGGCAAGGUUCUGGUGCUCAGGUCGUGCAGCAGUUUGGAAUACCUAACCUCUUUGAGUUGCCAAUAAGGCCAACCCUUUCAGCUUCUGGAGAUAGUGGAAUACCUGAUGUAGUGGCUGAUCCCCAAGGGGAUGUUGCCAAGACAUUUCAGAAUCUUGGAGUAUGUGUUGUUCAACAAUGUGCUAAAAUUAGACAACAAGUUUCAACAGCAGUGUCCUAUGAUAGAUCAGUUAGAGCAAUCAGAGUGAAAGUACCAGAUUCGGAUGAAGAGUUCUUGUUGCACCCAGCAACAGUCAGACGGAACGACCGAUCUGCUCAAAGUGUGGAUGAAUGGACCGGAGAACAGAAAGUACAGUAUGGUGAUAUACCUGAAGACAUCGAGCCUGAAGAGAUACGGCCGAUGGGCAACUAUGCUGUUUCGAUAACUUGGCCUGAUGGAUUUAGUCAGAUAGCGCCCUAUGAUCAGUUGGAUAUGCUUGAGCGGUUAGUGGAUGUUCCUCGUCCAGCGACACCUGCAGUGGUCUCUUAAUGAUAGAGUAGAGAUAAUGUUCAGCCAGGAAAGAACAAGAAACAAGAACUUCUGAUACAAUAGGCUCAAGAGAUCCUAGGCAUACAGCGAAUUUUGUGUGAUUAUUUGUGAUAAUGUAGAAAUAAAAAUUCGAAUAAAGAUAUUCGUCUUUGUGCUUU